AUGUCAACAAAACAUGAACAUGGAAUUGGUAGUAGUAGCCGUGUAGAAGGCGAUAUUCGCGAUUCGGAAGAGGGCAUCGGUGCCUGCGGAUGGGUUUUAGUGAUUCUUUCCUAUAUCGUCUGCAUACUGACAUUUCCAUUUUCACUAUGUGUCACCAUCAAGGUUGUACAAGAGUAUGAGCGCGCAGUCAUCAUGCGUCUCGGCCGAAUUAUUUCCGGUGGUGCCAAGGGUCCCGGUCUAUUUUUUAUUUUACCUUGUGUUGAUACGAUAAUGAAAAUCGACUUAAGAACUGUUACGUUCGAUGUGCCACCUCAAGAGAUUCUGACACGUGAUUCUGUGACUGUAUCAGUUGAUGCUGUAGUGUAUUUUCGAAUUUUCAAUCCGGUUAUUAGCGUAACUAAUGUUGAAAAUUCACGUGUUUCAACACAACUAUUAGCUGCUACAACAUUGCGCAACAUUUUAGGUACGAAAACAUUGCAAGAAAUUUUGAGUGAUCGCGAGAAUAUUUCGCAUUCGAUGCAAACACAUCUCGAUGAAGGAACAGAUCCUUGGGGUGUUAAAGUUGAACGAGUAGAGAUUAAGGAUGUUCGACUUCCUGUAAGUAUGCAGCGUAGUAUGGCUGCCGAAGCUGAAGCUGCACGCGAAGCUCGUGCAAAGAUUAUAGCUGCCGAAGGUGAGCAGAAAGCCUCACGAUCUCUCAAAGAAGCAGCUGAUAUUAUUAGUCAAAGUCCAAUUGCCUUACAACUGCGCUAUCUUCAAACGCUAACGAAUAUAUCGGCUGAGAAGAAUUCUACCAUCGUUUUUCCGAUUCCUAUCGAACUUCUUUCAUUGGUGAAAAAGUAA